AGUACAGCUCGACUCACUUGAAGAAAUAAAUCAUGCUGAUCAAGCACCGCCACGUACGGUAUUUACCAAAUACCACAAAGAAUUGAUGAAGGAGGGAGAAAAGUCAAUGAAAGAAACUGCAACUUCUUGUACAGUUGUAGGUGCUCUCGUUGUAACUAUGAUGUUUGCUGCAGCAUUCACAGUUCCUGGUGGAAAUAAUCAAGAUACAGGUGCUCUUGUUGUCACUUUGAUGUUUGCUGCAGCAUUCACAGUUCCCGGUGGAAAUAAUCAAGAUACAGGUGCUCCCAUGUUCUUAAAAGCGAAGGCAUUCUUGAUUUUUAUCAUCUCAGAUGCUAUAUCCUUAUUUUCUUCUACAACUUCGGUAAUGAUAUUUUUGGGAAUUCUCACAUCACGUUAUAAAGAAGACGACUUCCUAAAAUCUCUACCGACCAAAAUGAUAUUGGGCCUUUUCACCCUUUUUCUCUCCAUCGCCACCAUGAUGAUUACUUUUUCUGCUGCCCUUUACAUUAUGCUUCAGGGAAAAUCAUGGGUCAUUAUCCCAACUAUAUUACUUUCCAGUGUUCCAAUCACCUCAUUUGUAUGGAUGCAAUUUCCCUUCUUUGUGGAGAUCUUCGUUUCUACUUACGGAGCAUAUAUAUUUGUUAGAGCAAGUGCACCCGUAGUCAAAAAAAGGUAUAGUCGAGAAGUUAAAAGACAUAUUCGAGAAGUCAAAAAUUCGACCGGUUAAGCUACUAUUCAUUGCAACUGGAUAUGAGUUUGCACCCGUUGUUUUUCUUGCCCGGUCAAUACUGUUCACUGUUCACAAUACUGUUCACAUAAUUCACUGUUCAUCGUGGGUUUCACUAUUUAAAUUUACUGUUCUUUUACUGUUCAUAUAUACAUAUUAAUUCAUCCACCGUCGGAUUGUAAACAUUAAUUGAAACCAACGGCCCAGAUUAAAAGACCGUUGGUUUCAAAUUUUCUGAACAAGCCAACGGCCCGAUGCCACCUGUCCCCUGAGCCCACUCACUGUCGCUACGCGACAAAAUAGCAAUGCAGUCUGAUUGUUGGCCACAUGGCGCAUUUCUAUUGGGCCGUGUCCUCCACUCUGGGCCAUUAACGCAUUUGAUAAGGUGCUGACCCCACUGACGUCACCCACGUUCCUCUCUUCCUUCAGCUGGCAGCCGGAUGCCUUUGGGCAAGACUUUAGUCACGGGCUUGCCCGUUUUUAUGGCUUUGGGCAUGGAAGGGCAAGACUUGCCCAGUCAAGCUUGGGCCGGUGGAAACCAUUUUUCUGCAUAGCCAGGC